CAGUAAUUUUGUGAAUCCGUAGGGAAUGAAGACAUUUUUGAAGUAUGGUUGUGUGGCCUCGAGGGUCGUGGCUGGAGUACUUCUUUGUUGAAAAUGUUGUUAGCUGCUGGCAGUCUGAAGCGAGAUCGCUUUUCGCUGCUGUUACUAGAACCCGGAGAAAUCUACUUCGAAGAUUUCUCAGCGACUUAUUGGCCGGUCGAACAGCCUGAAAAAUGCUUGAAAGGAAGGCUGAAGUUAUGCUCGAAGUCCGUUGUCUUCGAACCGAUCGCCGUCGAGCAUCCGUUGAUACGAAUUCCGCUCAAAUCGUGCUCCGCCAUUCGCGAACACAAGGACCUAAUAAACGUCAAGCCGAGCAUCGCCAUCAGUUCGGAUAUUGUGAUCGAAAUGCUUGCUAAAAAUGUUCCCGCACCGUACAUCUUCAAGAAGCAACCGGCUCGUCAUGUUUUUGAGCUCAUUUACGCGAAAGUUGACUGUUGUCUUCCCAAACUUCAUCAGUUACAUCGAGCGUCAACAUUUUUAUCUCCGAAUGAGCAAAAUAUUAUGAUUUCAACGAUGGUGUACUCGAUGCAAAGACGAGUCAAAUUUGAUUUAUCGUGGUUGGAGGAUUUGAAAGAAUUGCCCGUCUGCGAGCUACAGGGAAACAAAAUUACUCCGUUGAUGGUCAAUCCCGGUAGAGUCCUUCUUACAGAAAAGAGGUUAUACUUCCAGCCGUACAAUAACGUGGAAGCGUUCCCUGUAUUGAAGAUCAAACUUGAAGAAAUUCAGGCUGUCAGUAAACGAAGAUUCCUUUUGCAACACAUCGUGAGUGACAAAACCUCGAAUGAUUUGUGCGCAUUCUCGGUAUUUUAUGUUAGCGGUUUAGAGUUGAUUUACCGUGAUUCGUCGCUUUUCCUAUCGUUUCGGAAAACGAAGGACCGCGAUGCUCUCUUCUCGCUUCUUCAAAAAUCUGCGAAACCUGCUGAAGAUUCAGAGGCAAUGACCCGAGCGUGGAGGUCAGGAGCUGUGUCCAACUUCGAUUAUCUCAUGUUCCUGAACAAGAGCGCGGAUCGAAGCCUCAACGAUUUGAGCCAGUACCCAGUGUUUCCGUGGGUGCUUAGUGAUUAUUCCUCUUGUGAUCUGAAUUUAGAGGACCCGAAAUCUUUUCGGGACCUCAGCAAGCCGAUCGGUGCUCUUAAUCCCAAUCGUUUGGCGGCGCUCAAGCAUCGUAUGAACGACACGGAUGGUGACAGUCCACGAUUUCUGUACGGCAGUCAUUAUUCCGCCCCAGGAUUCGUAUUAUUCUACCUGGCGAGGAGGAUGCCUGAGUUUAUGCUGUGUUUGAAUAAUGGAAGAUUCGACCAACCUGAUCGAAUGUUCAACAAUGUGGAAGAAACCUGGAGAAAUGUUUGGACAAACCACGCGGAUUUCAAAGAACUCAUACCGGAAUUUUAUUGUGGAGAAGGGGACUUUCUGGUGAACUCCUUGGGGGUUGAGUUCGGGAAGAAGCAGGAUGGAACUCAAGUUGGCGAUGUUAUUUUACCCGCGUGGGCAUCGCGUCCUCAGGAUUUUGUUGACAAGAUGAGAGCUGCGUUGGAAUCGAAUUAUGUUUCGGAAAACUUACAUAAAUGGAUUGAUUUGAUUUUCGGUUACAAGCAACGGGGCGAAGAAGCAGAAAAAGCGUGCAAUAUUUUUUAUCAUCUUUGUUAUGAGGGAGCAGUGGAACUAGGGAAAGUGAGCGAUCCAAACGAGAAGUAUGCCCUCGAGACGCAAAUCAUGGAGUUUGGCCAGGUACCUCUCCAGCUUUUCACCUUUCCCCAUCCAGCCAAAAGUCUGCAUCCAAUUCCUCGUCCACUGGCUUCCUCGUCCGGAUGCGAAGAUGGAGAUAAUGAAGAUGGUUGGGUAGUUUUGGAGACGCCUAAUAAAUCUCCGCCGCGUUGGGUCGCCCUGGAGGCAGUUAGUGCUCACGCUUUGCACAAAUUUGAUGUAACGAGUGUGAGUGGCGCCGGGAAUAUCGUUUGUUCUACUUCGUUGGACUCCCAGUUGAAGGUGUUCGAUUGGAAAGAAAAUUGCCAGUUGCGAAGUGCGAGCAUUGGAGUGGUGCCACUAGCCAAGUGUCAAACUUUACCUGACGGCAACUCUGUCGUCAUUGGAUCGUGGGACAAGCAUGUGCACGUGUAUGAUGUGGAGCUUUGUCGAGUAACCGGCUCAUGCAUGGUGCAUGAAGACGCUGUUUCUUGGCUAGAGUGGGACGAAGACCUACUCGUAACGGGGUCCUGGGACUCAUCGGUACGCUUGUGGGUCAUGCCCGCCCUGGACAGCAUCGACGGCGGCUAUAAGCUGCCUCGUGUCCCUGACGAUCUCGUUGCAGAAUGGGACUGCGAUUCCCGUGUUGUCACUUGUUCGGUCCGGCGUCGGAACCGAGUCGUCAUGGCCGGUGGGGACGACGGAUCUGUUGCACUAUGGGAUUUGGUUUCGCACGCGGACUUGUUGCGGACUCGUGCCGGGAAUGAUGAUGGCGCCGUUUCUGGCCUCAUGUUGAGUGCUGAUGGAAGGAAAUUGCUGAUGGCAACUCGGACCGGUCGGCUUGCGCUCUGUGAUCUUCGGAUGAGAUCUAGUGCUUUUACGAAGGAUUUCAAUCCGGGAAUUGCAGCAUUUUACUGGGCGGAAAGCGACAGUGUAUGCAUUUUGGGAAGUGACUCUGGUGAUCUGAUUGUAUGGGAUAUGGUUUCGAUGGGACCCUUGGCCCACGUUACCGCCCAUGACAGAGGAGUGACAUGUUUGGCCGUGUCCGAAGAACAAGAAGUUCUCUUCACUGGCGGACGAGACCAGAGACCGUUGAAAAGUCACGUCGACGGUUUGGAGGAAAGUUGGCUGUCAUUUUGA